AUGUGUCGACCACUUUAUUCUCUUUCUCUUUCUUUCUCACUCCCUAUCUAUCUAUCUAUCUAUCUAUCUAUCUAUCUAUUUAGACUUUUUGAAGAAGUUUUCGAACAAAAAAAAAAAAAAAUUUCCAUUCUCGAGGCACAGUGUGAAAAUGCACAGAAAUGUCAGGCAUCUAAUGCUUUCGUGUUGGAUAAAGUUUUAAGCCAAAUAAACAAUCAGGGUAAACGAUAUCUAUCCAUCUAUCUCCUUCUGCUCACGAUCUAUCUAUCUAUCUAUCUAUCUAUCUAUCUAUCUAUCUAUCUAUCUGUCUUCAUUUGUCUCUGGACAGGGCAGGAGCCAACUCAUCUUCGUUUGAAAAGAUUUCUUCGAGUCAACUGGCUUGAGCUGACAUUUGCCUUUCUUACCAACGUCAUCAUGACGUCAUUAAAGAAUUUUCCUCUUGGCGACAAGUCACUUGGAGUUUCCUUCUUAUUUGUACCUGCUUCUCUUAAUUCUUUCAGUCCACCUCUCUCUUCUGUUCGCAACUGUUUAGCUAUCUCAAUAUAUCCUUCCUUUCAAUCUAUUUACCUUUCUCAGUCUAUCUAUCUAUCUAUCUAUCUAUCUAUCUAUCUAUCUAUCUAUCUCUUAUCUAUCUAUCUAUCUAUCUAUCUAUCUAUCUAUCUAUCUAUCUAUCUAUCUAUCUAUCUAUCUCCAUUCUUCAUAUAUAGCAAUCUAUCUCAUUCUUUCCCAUCUAUCUAUCUAUCUAUCUAUCUAUCUAUCUAUCUAUCUAAUUCUGAUCAUAUCUUUCGUAUGCUGUUAAUAUAG